GCAGUUCCACAUACCAUUGGAACCACUUUACAUUCACUCUCCGCUCUUCUUGUCCACCACUGCACCACCGGCCAGCCCUCGACUACCAUAAAGUCACAUUUCCACCGCUUCGAACGACACCGCUAUCACCUCGCCCAACAUGUCGACCGAUAAGCCGCUUCCGUUCAUAUACCAGUUCGCCGCUGGUGCGGUGGCUGGUGUUUCCGAGAUUCUCGUUAUGUACCCGCUCGACGUGGUCAAGACAAGAGUUCAGAUCCAGGGCAGAGUGCCGAUCCCAGGCCAGGACUUUUACACGGGCAUGGGAGAUUGCUUCAAGAAAAUCGUCGCCAAUGAAGGUUUCUCGCGUCUCUAUCGAGGCAUUUCCGCCCCUAUCCUCAUGGAGGCACCUAAGCGUGCCACCAAGUUUGCAGCCAACGAUGAGUGGGGAAAGUUCUACAGGAACUUUUUCGGUGUGGCCAAGAUGAACCAGUCUCUGUCGAUUCUGACCGGAGCUUCUGCUGGUGCAACCGAGGCUUUCGUGGUGGUGCCGUUCGAGUUGGUGAAGAUCCGAUUACAAGACAAGGCGCAAGCGUCCAAGUACAAUGGCAUGAUGGACUGUGUCACUAAGAUCAUCCGCAACGAGGGCCCACUUACCCUUUACCAGGGUCUCGAGUCGACCAUGUGGCGCCACAUUCUCUGGAACAGUGGCUACUUCGGCUGCAUCUUCCAGGUGCGCUCUCUGCUGCCGGCGAAUCCCACCGGGGACAAGUCGAUUCAGAUGCGAAACGAUUUGAUCUCUGGUAGCAUUGGAGGAACUGUUGGAACAAUACUCAACACUCCAAUGGACGUGGUCAAGAGCAGAAUUCAGAACAGCACCAAGGUCGUUGGUGGAGUACCCAAGUACAACUGGGCCUGGCCAGCCUUGGGCACGGUCGCGAAGGAGGAAGGAUUCGCCGCGCUGUACAAGGGUUUCUUGCCAAAGGUGCUGAGACUCGGACCAGGAGGCGGUAUUCUGCUGGUGGUUUUCACGGGAGUCAUGGACUUCUUCAGAAGCAUCCAAUAGAUGGCCAGGCAUGGAACUGCUUUAGAUGCGACGGGCGUACAUUAGAGGCUGGCGGGCUGGCACAGUACUGCGCUCCCCAUGCUGCAGCAGCGUGUAAAUGCUCAUCUGCCCUGUAUCAUAUUUAAAAUCACAGCAUGGCAUGGCUCGCGAUGAAUAGACGAAUGACUUGUGGAACUAAAAUGCCCCAAA